GUUAAGUUUCAUUAAUACCAAAAUGCUUUCAAACACAGGAUUUAUUUUCUUAAUUUCAGCCUUUUGCAUCGGUUUGGGAUGCAGCGAUCCACUCCCAAAAUUCAUUAAAGUAUGCAAAAGAAACGAUCCAAAUUUAGACGACUGCAUAUUGAAUACCGUCGAAGAACUAAGACCUCAUUUAAAACAUGGUAUACCUGAAUUGGGAGUUCCACCAUUGGAACCAUUUGAAAUUCCAGAAAUUGGUGUGAGCGGACACCACAAACAAAAUUUCACCGCUGUCGGACGUAACAUAAAAGUUUUCGGUUCUACAAAUUUCAAAGUUGAAAAAUUCCACGUCGACUUGUCUAAUGAGAAACAUCCAAAAUUUAUGACGACCAUUUUAUUACCAAAAUUGGACAUUGAAGGAGAAUACGAAAUCAAUGCAAAACUUCCCGUUUUGCCCAUCAAAGGAAAGGGUUCAUUUAAAUUUACCGCACUCAAAACGGUAGCCGAUGCUGUAAUGACGGGUGAAGUUUAUCAAAAGGACGGUGCUGAAUAUUUGAGAUUUACCGAAAUGGAUUUGAAAAUCGAUUUGGAAGAUUACGAAGUACAUUUGGAGAAUUUAUUCAACGGUGAUAAAAUAUUGGAAGAUGCAACCAAUCAAGCACUCAAUGACAACAAGGAAAAAAUGAAAAAGGCAUUGAUACCAACGGUCGCAAAAGUGGCAUCGGAUUUCAUGAUGAAUUUGGCAAACGAAAUUGCCCGUCAUCAAUCUCUCGAUGUUUUGUUACCCAAAUAAUUAAUUCGUUAUACUUUUUUCGUUGUCAAAGGUCAAAAGAAACC